UUUCACGUUACUGUGUUCAACAGAUCAACAAAGCGACGGAUGAUCAUCAUCCUUGUCCUCGUCGUUCUUGUUGUGGUAGCCAUCAUCAUCACACUUGCAAUAGUUUUCACGAGAGACAGAGACUCCGAACCAGACGUUCCUACUUCGCAGCCCAUCCUUCCUCCUCCUACUGCACCACCGGGAGCAGAUGGGCCUUACAAACAUGCCGUAGUUGCAUCGGAUGCUGGUCCCUGUUCGGAGAUAGGCCGUGACAUUCUUAAAAGAGGAGGUACGGCAAUGGAUUCAGCAGUCGCAGCCUUGUUUUGCAUCGGAGUCUACAAUAUGCAUUCUGCUGGUGUGGGCGGUGGUGGGUUCAUGGUUGUGUACAAGAAGGGCACAAGGUCUGUGGAGGUAAUCGACUUCCGUGAAGAAGCCCCAGGGAAAGCCAACAGAACGAUGUAUGUAGGAGGAAAAUUGGACUCUAGAAUCGGUAAGUUACUUUUCUACGGGAAAUUUUCCCGAUCCUCUUUCCCUCUCAAUUUCGUUAUACCUCUUUAGUCUCCUUCGCAGCUGUUGCUGGCUAUCGUCACGCAACGUGCUAUCUACCCUACCUAAGAGCGCGUUGCGUGACGUAACCAAACAACGUCUACGUAGGAGACUAUACCUCUUCAGUGCCAAGUAAAUAAUUCUAUUGUAAUUUCUGUCUCUUUCCCAUCCAGGCGGAGCAGCUGCGGGUGUACCAGGUGAGGUAAAAGGUUUUUACGAAGCUUGGAAGAAAUACGGGGGUAAUAUACUGUGGAAAGACUUAGUACAACCGACCAUUGACAUGGCGAGGGACGGAUUUCCUUUUGGACCUUCUGCUUAUUACGCUGCAACACGGUCAAGUGUAAAACCGCGCCUCAAGGCAGAUCCUGGGUUGAGGUUUGUUUAAUGAACAAAGAACAUGUAUAAAUAUCCUUCCUCACGCGGGAAAAGCUGCUCUGAAAUUAGGUCUUCACAUAAGUUGGUUAGUUCAAGAAAUUAGAUGCUGCAUCAUAGCCUACACUAUUGGCUUAUGGAUGCACGCGGGAGGUUGCUACGCACUCAAAAAGCUCAGGUCGCCAUCGGCUAUCUCCUCGAGCGACUGUUACGCUUCUCUCGUGCUUUGCAAAUCUUCCGCGUGCAUCCAUAACCGAGAAAAAAUCAUGGAUCCUAUAAUUUUCUCAAUAGUGUACGCUGUGGUGUUUAUCAUUUGUUUUAUAACAUGACGUCGAUACAUUGAAGCUAAAGAGUUCCCCUUUCAUCGAACUAAAAAUGUUCGUGUGGUCUUACACGACCAGACGUUUUGUCGCGCGAAAGCUAAUCAUUGCACAAUCUGCAGCGCUGCCUAAGUCGUCAAAACAAUCGAAGAUAAAUGUAAUCACGUUUCCUGAAAUUCAUUCUGAGCUUUGUAUCCAUAAACAGUCGGUGCUUUUCUUCAAUCACGAGCAAAUUCCUCUGAAUUGAAAUAAAACUCCCUGGAUUUGUGUGCAUAAGGUUAGAUCGCACUGGCAAUAAAGAGGGAUAUGGCGGAGUUGCUAUGUAUGUUAGAGAAGAUUUGGCGUUUCGUUUGCGGAAUGAUAUCAAUACUGGUGGACAGGAAUGUUUAUGGAUUGAGUUAAUUCGAGAUAAAUGUAAGCCAACGUUAUUAUGUUGCGCUUAUAGAGCACCAGAUGCCGAUCUCCGCACUUUUAUUUCGUCUCUGCGAGAUAGUAUGCCUGCUGUUGAUCUUGAAAAAUCGGAUGUGGUCAUUUUAGGAGAUCUAAACGCAAACAUGAUGCCUAAUUCAAAAUUGCCCAAGAAAGACAAACAACUACUUCUCAACUUCUCGCGCGCUUUUGACUUCACACAGCUGAUAAAAGAGCCUACUCGAAUAUCUGACACCUCACGAACCUUGAUUGACCUGAUUUUUGUCAAUAAUGAACAUCGCAUUGUUAAAUCUGGUGUUGUUCCGUUUCCAUUGAGCGACCAUUACCUGGUGUUUUGCAUUCUAAAGACUGGUGUGCACACAAAAGCACAUCCAAGAAUGUUUGAGUAUCGCUCUUACAAGAAUUUCGAUGCGAAUUCAUUUAACGAAGAUCUUAGGAAUGUUCCUUGGCACGUCGUUGACAAUGAAAACAAUAUCGAUGACGCUUUAUUAACUUGGAACAAACUGUUUUCAGAAGUUGCAGACGAUCAUGCACCUGUCAAACGACGACGUGUGAAGGGAACACCUCUUCCUUGGAUGAAUAGCAAAAUUAGCGAAUCAAUGAGAGAUCGAGACUGGUAUCAUCGUAAAGCACGUAAAUCGAACUCAGAAAAGCACUGGAACACUUACAGGAAACUGAGGAACAAAGUAAACCGCUUAGUAAAAUCUGCUAAGUCGAAAUAUUACUGUGACAUGAUCGAGGAAGCCAGAGGAGAUCACGGCAAAAUGUGGAAAGCUGUAAACGAAGCAUGCAAUCGUAAUUCAUCCUCAGAAAAGGUUCAGUGCAUCAUUUCCGAUGGCAUUCAGCACACCACUUCCAAAUCCAUUGCUGUUGCUUUGAAUAGCUUCUUUGCAUCCAUAGGCAAGCGCCUAGCUGACAAAAUAACGACUACCUGGUCGAAUUGCAACUUGGUUUUAGAACAACCGUUGUCUCAGUUUCAGUUAACUGAACUAGAGGAAUCGUUUGUGCUUCAGCAGCUUACCUCUUUGAAGACAAAUAAAGCAAUUGGUUUGGACAAAAUUAGUGCUAGACUACUCAAGAGCUCUGCUAAUACAAUCACUCCCUCCAUCACUAAGCUGUUGAAUCGAUCGAUUCUUACUGGUAAAUUUCCUAAAUUGUGGAAAUGCUCAAAAAUUACAGCCUUGUUUAAAUCUGGCGACCGGUCAAAUGCAUCGAACUAUCGACCUAUCUCUAUUUUACCGACACUCAGUAAAAUUCUCGAGAAAGCCGUGCAUUCCCAGUUGUACCAAUACUUGGUUAUUAACAACCUUCUCACAAGGAAACAGUUUGGAUUCAGGAAGGGGCUCUCUACUGAAUCUGCUUUGACAUCAUUUGCUGAUGAAGUCUUAUUGAACAUGGAACAAGGUAAACUGUGUGGGGCCGUGUUUUUGGAUUUAACCAAGGCUUUCGACACCGUGGACCAUCGGAUUUUGUUACGCAAGCUUUCCAAAAUUGGUUUAAGUGAGAACUCGCUUCAGUGGUUCCGCUCUUACAUUACUGACAGGAAACAGCGUACAUGUUGUGGGAAUGAGUUGUCUGAUGAAUUGCCAGUUACCCAUGGGGUCCCUCAGGGAAGUAUUCUGGGUCCUCUGCUAUUUGUCAUCUACAUUAACGAUUUGCCAAGCGUUCUAUAGAUGCCUGUCAAGCAUCACUUUAUGCAGAUGAUACGGUGAUCUACUGCUAUGGGUCUUCCUCUCAGGAGCUGACUGAAAAGCUCAACCAAGACCUCCUGGCUGUGGCGAAAUGGCUGAAUGAACAUAAGUUAACACUGAAUCUGGAGAAAACCAAAUGCAUGCUUAUAGGCAGUAACAAGAAGUUACAGAGGAAAAUAGCUCUAUCUGUUUCAAUCUUUGAUCAUUGUAUAAACAAUGUUACUUGUUUUAAAUAUCUUGGAAUCUUAAUAUCGUCUGAUUUUUCGUGGACAAAUCAUGUCGAAUACAUGGCAGGGAAAGUUAAUCAAAGGCUUGGCCUACUUAGACGCAUUAAGCAUUUGUUACCGUUUAAGGCGCGCAUCCUUUUUUAUAAAAGCCUUGUUAUGCCCUUAUUCGAGUAUGCUGAUUUAGUUUGGGGAGACAAACAUAAUGUAACUUUAAUGUCUAGUUUGCAAGUGCUUCAAAAUAAGGUGGCUAAAAUAAUAUUAGAUCGACCACUGUAUUCCUCUGCGUCUGAUGCGUUAACUACACUGAAGUGGUUAACACUAGAAAAAAGGCGCUUCCAGCGCCGAUGCGUACAUGUAUAUAAAUGUCUUAAUGGUCUCACGCAUCACGAAUUAACAUUAGUCACUCAGCAAGAACAGCAUAGUUACAACACAAGAAAUAAAGCAAACCUCAAAAUUCCAUCCGUUAAAAGAAACUGGGGUAAACAAAGAACUGGCUAUCAUGCUGUAAGUGAUUUUAACUCGCUGGACAAAACUAUACGAGCCUCUGAUAAUGUAAAUAUUUUGAAGCGUCAGAUUUUUAAUUCAUUGAUUUAAGUUUUGUAUUACACAUAAGAUACAUUAGUUUUUAGUAGCAUCUUUUAGCAUUUUUAUUCAUUGUAAAUUUUUAAUUUUUAAUUUUCGAGGUCCUUUUUGUAAACCACUUUUUAGUGAAAAAGUUUCCUCAUUAAAGAUUGUCAUUAUUAUUAUUAAACAGAGCGCGCGAUUUACGUUGGUUUACAUAUAUUAUAAUGAUGGGCUCCUAGCAAUGACAGGAGGCUUAUAAAAACAACCAUCACUAUGAAAAGGAUGGAGCACCAUUCCCUAAAGCCCGCGGCCUUGGACAAACCUUACGGUUUAGGUAGCAGCCGUCUGGAUGGCUCUAAGUCCCAGGCUAGUCAUUCGGCACUCUCAGUCCUCUUUUGCUGCGUAAAGAUUGGGGUGAAGUGGACGUGUGUCUCUUGAUGAUAUCCUGACUGACUUUGGAACACUGGGGACUAGAUUCCGCAUGCACUACUAAUAGCAUGUACCAGUAAUAGCAUCUGCUAGUAAUACUUCGAAGGCCAGAUCGUGAUUGCUAUCCAAUGGAUAAGUGUAACAUGACAUGUUAUCUAAAGAAUAACCCCUGUUAUCACGCAUGUUCGACCAAUGUUCGAACUAAGCUUUGAUCUAGAUUUCUAAAUUGUAUGAUUUGAAUAGCUAAUCUUCGAAAGAGACCUUCACGUUCGACCUUAAAAAAACUGAUAAUUCCUCUCAAAAAAGUGUUUAGUCGAAUUUUAUUAUUUUUCUUUUCUUUUUCGAAGGCAACUUCUUUUCAAUGAAGAUGGUGAACUAAAGAAGUUAGGAGAAAUUUUAUACAUGCCGAAAUUUGCACGAACCUUGGAACGAAUCCGUGAUAAUCCAGAGGAUUUCUAUUUCGGAGAACUAGCGAGAGAUGUUGUACAAGACAUUGAAGAUGGUGGUGGUAUUUUCACCCGGGACGAUUUGAAGAACUACAAAGUGAAGUUCAGGAAACCUAUGGAAGGAAAGUUCGGAGAAUAUUCGUGGUAUUCUACUCCACCCCGGGGAGUGGCGUGGUGUUAAGUUUUAUCCUCAAUAUCUUAAAAGGUAUGUCGAGGCAUGUCAGGGGAGGGGCUCGGACCUGGUUUGGAAAAAAGGUCCUGAGAAUGGUACUGCUUAUUAGCUCUUUGAUAUUCACAUGUUGUUUUUCCUCAAGUUGUUUCAAGAUUUAUUUUUAUUCAGGAUUAUGGUAAUUCGCCGUUAAACGUCCACGACCAAACGUUUUGAAAAGAGUCAAGUUUCUCCGUCACUUUUUCUUUAUUCUAUAGGAUACAAUAUGAAACCUUGGGAUCGACAUGGAAUCAAAAACUCAACCCUUACAUAUCACAGAAUUGUGGAGGCUUUCAAGUUUGCUUACGCUUACCGAGCAUUACUGGGUGACCAAGACUUUGCAAAUGUUACGGAGGUAGGGUAGUCCUGUGGCUUAUCUGAGAUAGCUAUCUCGUGUUACAUUGCUUAGAAUCAUUAACCAGCUGUCCUAAAAGUUCCAAGGAGUCAAAAAACGAGUCUGCUAGAUCCGUUUUCUCCGUUGGAUGCUCUACCAACUGAGUUAUCGAGAAUCCUUUGGUGGACCAGCCAUGUGCUAGUUCCUAAGAAUAACACUGACCUCCUAUCCUACAUCUCGCAGAUCGUCAAAAACAUGACUGACGCCGACUUUGCCGAAUCCAUCCGCCAGCAGAUUUGGGACAACCAGACAUUCUCCGAUUACAAACACUACGGCGACUUUUAUCACAAUUCCAGCCAUCAAGGAACUUCACAUUUAUCUGUUAUCGCCGAAAAUGGCGAUGCUGUUUCUGCAACCACUACGAUAAAUCUUUUGUGAGUAUCCGAUGUAGUGGGGUUUCGUAAAUUCAGCUGGGGAUCGGGGGUGGGGAAAGAUAGGGAUAUGCAUGUGCUUGUAGCCUGGCCUCUUAUCCUUAUCUGCCCUAUCAACGAAGCAGGGUACGGUGGCGAUUCUAUUCUAUUAAGGUUCGCCCCCCCCCCCCCCGUCUUUUUUGUCAUGAGAAUUUCCUUUAGAAUUAAGGUGGAAGAUUUCUUUACAGAAAGAGUUGUCUUCUCGGAAAGUAAGCGUCGUGAUGGUCACGAUUUUCAAAUAUCUUUUUUCUGUCUUUGUUUCUCUGCUUCUUUCUUUUUUCCUUCACUCAUUUACCUAUUUAUUUUUUUUUUUUAACUCCAAACUCACAGCUUUGGAUCGAGAUAUCGUUCAACUCGUACAGGCAUCAUCUAUAACAACGAAAUGGACGACUUUUCUACUCCUGGUAAGAAAAACGCGUACGGUGUUGAACCGUCCGAGUCUAACAUGAUUGUGCCUGGGAAACGGCCCCAGUCCUCCACCGCGCCUUCGCUAUUUUUAGAUAAAAACGGAACAGCUCGUUUGGUGAUUGGAGCGUCCGGUGGAACGAAAAUAACAACCGCCAUCUCUUUGGUAAGGUAGCAACAAGUUAUUUUAGUGUGGUCCUAUCGUGUUACCGAUCUAAAGUCAUGUAUAAAAAGACAAAUAAACCGAAUCGCUACUGAGCUCGUUGCCCAUGGUCUAUCCCAGUGAAGUGUUGUUACUGACGUCACAAAAAAAUUGUAUCGACUAAUUUGGCGAAAAGUUUUGAAAAUGUGCAAAUAAAAAAAUGUAUAUCCAGAGAAAGAUGGAAUGAAACUUUUGCUGGUAACUAAUUCUCACGAUUUUCUUCGAAACAUUAACAACAAGGACACGAAAUGUUUUGGAAAUUUACUACUUGCUGAGCUUUACAAAUGCAACACAUGCAAAGUAGAUGAUUGUUACAUGAAUAUUUAGGUUAGUCCGGCGAAUAAAGGUGCAAAUAGACACUUAACCGGGAGUGUUCAUUUGACUGGAGAUAGCAAGCUUUUCCUGCGUUAUAUUUUUUCGAUGGUGUUUUCCCGCGAGAACAUGUUUUUGCAGAUCAAACACAAUUUUCAAAAACAGAUCAUAGGAAUUAGAGUGUUGAUUAAACUUCUCACUCUAAGUAGUGUUGAUUAAACCUCUUACUCUAAGUAGCAACCAAAUAUGAACUUCUCCUUAAUAUAUAGAUUUAGGCAAGCCUAAAAGCGGAGCUCGCAUUUUUUUUUUCCGCACGUCUCUUCAACAAAACUAAAGCCCCUACUAUGGAUAAAGUGCGUGUUGAUAUUGAUGGAUUUUCAUUCGCAGCUUCUCCGUGUCCGUGUAGAGGACUGAUUAUAAGAUAGUGCCCGUGGUACAGUUGGCCGCGCAUGCUAAAAGUAGCACCUUGUACGGUCGGUCGUACGGUCGUACAUUUAAAUUUUUUCGGCUUGAUGAGUUACUACUAUUUUGUAUAAUUAUGGAGCUACGCUCUACGAACUCCGCUAUAAUAUCAAUACAUUUUUAAGAUAGAUAUGUAGAGGUGAGAAAAUUAUCAACUAGGGGACAUCUUUUUGAUUUAACAAGAAGUUCUCUGAUCCAAGAUUUUAAGAAAUGUAUAGCUUACCGUUUGGAGAAUUGAUAUUUAAAUCUUGCAAGCGGAAGGGCUAAUGUCUCACCAAAAGAUGCCUUACCGUGUGUAAUUAACUUCCAGGUUAUGAUGAAUUACCUCUGGUUCAACCGUACCCUUUCGCAGGCUGUGGUUGAUCCCAGGCUCCACCACCAGCUAAUGCCGAUGUAUAUCCGCAUAGACAAAGACUUUCAAAUGCCCCUUGCCAUCCAAGAAGGACUGCAGAGGCUUGGGCACAAUGUCAGGAAUAUCAGUGGUUACGCAGUGGUGCAGGCUGCGGCCACAAAUGAUGACGGGACACUGACAGGAAAAUCUGACCCCAGGAAGAGUGGGUGGGCUGCUGGGUACUGA